CCACCUUCUCUGAGCCUGCUUCCCACGAAAUGCGGUCCUCACGCCCCCCACGAACAUCGCCAAUUCACCAGAAAAAUGCCUGCGGCACACAGCCCGCGGCAACUUCCGCUGUGGCGUCUGGACAUGCAUCUAUCUACCUCAGUUCUCACCAUGAUUGGUGACUUGCAGUUACUGCCCUGCCUCAACCCCGCUUGACUUGCAUGCAUUGCCCGACGUCUAUGCACUGUUCCUUCGCCUUGACAGAAACAUUAACACCGACAACUAUCAAGUUUCGCUGAAACCCUCAGGAUAUCUCUCUUCAUCCAGGACGAUUACAGCAAAAUGGAGCCUCUCGAGAUCGUUGGGGCGGUGGCGGCCGUCGGCCAGCUCUUGGAGCUAUGCAUCAAGGCCGGAAAAACUUCGACCCAGCUCGUACAGUCAUUCAUCAACGCCCCAACCGAGCUCAGAAACUUGAGCGCGAAGCUUGCCUCGUUACAGAUGAUCAUUCAACAGUUUCAGGCUCUCGGCCAGGAUUUGUUAAUGACGGGCGUGGAAGAUAUUCUUCCAGCUACCCACAAGGACAUGCUCCUUAGCUCCCUCCUGGCAAGUGAGAGGGCAUUGAAGAACCUCACGACACUUCACAACACUGCUGGGCAAUCCUCGACACCAAAACCUGGCUGCAACUUCAGUCGGAGGCUGCUGUGGUCGCUAAUCGAUAAGAAAAGGUCAACGGUGGUUAUCGAGGAGCUAAGGAAGGCAGAGAUGGUCUUGGAUACAGUCAUACUAAUUCUUAAUACCCGGCUCAACUCCCAUAUCUGGACAUCGUUCUCCGCGAUGCAACUCGCGCAGCAGGCAUUCCGAGCAGACUUUUUGCAGUCAGCUCGUGACGUCAAAACCAUCGUCGAGGCUCAACACUACACGAUAUCUGAAUUCAAAGCAAAUGCCGACCAUACGCUGUUGUCCAUAUUGCAGUCACAGACUGAAAAUGAUACCAAGGUUCAGGUAACGCUACUUUUUAUUAAAAGUCAGUUGAUCACUAUUCACAAAGGCUUACAUACAAGCUUUAGGGCCUGGUCAGCUCCCACGAGCAAUUGA